GCCUGAUAUAGAUUCUUCUAGAGACAAACCUGUAGCCUCAACACGCUGCUCUGGUGGACACUUCUGGACCCUCAUUCACUCCGGGUUUUCCCAGAUUUUUUCAGCUGGAUUUGAGCAGGAGCGAUGGGGAGACUUCAGACCGACUUGGACUGCUGAGGUAUUUACUAUUUAGAUUAAAGGGGAAGAAUGGGCACUCUAAAGGACGACAUGAGAGGUGUGAGCAACGACCGGCUACUCAGCGAAAAGGCAGAAGAUGGAGAGUAUCCAGGAAGCUCAGAUGGAACCGCUCUGACCGACGCUUCGCAGAGCAGCACUGGUGUGGAGUCAACAAGAGCAGAAAAUGAGCCAAAGCCGGAGUACAACAAUGGUGAAACUCUCGUGAAAACAGAUGGAGCAGUGAACGUGGAGAUGCAAAGUAUUUCCGUGGCUGUACCGUCUACGCCUGAUCCCACAGACCCGAGAUCACCAGCUCCGUUUGGACAAGCCCACAUGCGCACUCAGGUGAGUCUGGAGGUGGUUCAGUGUCACUCAGCCGCCACCAGCCCCAUGACUCCUCCAGAGGGCGGCCAUAACAGCUCCUUCUUCUUCCCAAGCUCCUUCGGGAAAAGCGAGGCCGUGGGAACUGACACUAAAGACGCCGAGCUCCAAGUAGGAAAACAAGUCGAAUAUAGCUCCGUCGCCACGUCCCCCAUGACCCCAAAAACGCCAUUUUUUAGCACGUUCUCGUCACUUCAGAGCCGAGAAUCAGCACAAAAGGAAAGUAAAGAUUCUCAGGGUUGCCAAAUUGGUGCGAUAAACCCAUCUGAGCCGGAGAUAAGUGGAGCUUUGAAAUUAAGCUCAUCUAAGGAGUUGGAGAGUGAGGAUUUGGGCUGUGGUGGCGCCCCGGUGAGCUCCGCCAACUGCCCCGCUGGUACUGUAAUGAAUUCAGAGGGUAAGCAGCAGAGAAUGGGGAGCAUGGAUCAAGACAUUACAAUCCUGGUGACCCAACAUGGCAACGCAGAGGAGGACGAGAACAAAACUGACUCAAGCGUCCCGGAUCCGACUGAUACAGAAGUGGUGAAAUUAGUUGGGGAAGAAGAGAAACAGACUCAAGAUGAAACAGCUGAUCAAGAAGCGUCAGCGAAAACACAAGAGGACCCGGCAAAGACUGAGCUCAAGUCGUGUCGGUCACUGGAAGCUCAAGAUUCUAAAGACGUGGUUCCUGAAUCCCCCGCCCCUUUUGGCUGCCACAACAUGAGGACUCAGGUGAGCUUGGAGGUGGUCCAGUGUCAAUCAGCUGCCACCAGCCCCAUGACUCCUCCAGAAGGGGAUCAGGCCUUCAGCUUCCCCGCUGUAUCCUCCCGCUGUGGAGGAGUGGGCACCGACACCAGAGACGCAGAGAUGCAAGUGGGUCAACAAGUGGAGUAUCGCUCAGUGGCCACAGCCCCCAUGACCCCUCGCACACCCACGGCUACCACGUUUCCCGAGAUUAUAAAGCGUCCCAGCAUUGACCAGAAGAUCGUGGAGGAAGAGGAGGAGAAAGACGCUCCGAAAGAGAAAGAUGGAGAUGAUCAAGAGGAGAAAGAAAGCGAGGAAAGCGAGGGAAGUGAGGGAGGGGACCGAGGAGAGGGGAGCGAAGGAGGGGACCAAGGAGAGGGGAGCGAAGGAGGGGAUCAAGGAGAUGGAAGCGAAGGAGGCGAUCAAGGAGAGGGCAGCGAGGAAAGCGAGGGAAGUGGGAGAAGCGCUGGAAGUGAUGGAAGCGAGGGAGGGGAAGAGAACCAAACAGCAGAGGACAGCAAAGAGGAAGUGAACGACAAAGAGGAUAAGUGCGAGGAGCCGGUGCAGGAGGUGAGCUGGGACGAGAAGGGCAUGACGUGGGAGGUGUACGGGGCCGUGGUGGAGGUAUCUGUCCUGGGAUCGGCCAUCCAGAAACACCUGGAUAAACAGGUGAAGAAGCAGAAAAAGCAGACGCUCCCCCCUCCGCCUCCCCUCAACCCCUCAGCCACGCCCGUCGUUCCCUCUGAGGCGUCACCCCGGGCAACAGGCUCCGGGAAAGGCCGCGGAAAGAGAGCGGAGAAGACCAAUCGCCGCCGUAGGAACCCCUUCAGACAGAUGAUGGAGAACAUCCAACAGCCGCACUGCUGCUCCAGAGCCCACACCACAGAAUGAAGCACAAGUCUAUGUAAUAUAAGCCAGUUUUCUUACAAACAACUGGAAAAAUAGAAAUAAAACGCAAUAUGACAAUCAGAGCGAAGUGGAUUUUACAGGGAGAUUAAAUGGACCAAAAAGCAAAUAUCGAAUUCUGUCUCGAAGAAGUUGUACUCUUUUUACGUUCAAGACACUCAAAGCGCUUCACAUCAAGGAACAACUCACCCAUUCAUAAACCAGGGGACGCAGACACUUGGAGCGAGUGGGGUUAAGUGUCUUGCCCAAGGACAUAACAAUAUUUAUCUGUGGAAGCUGGAAUCACAUCAUCAACCUGUGGGUCACUACUGGAUCUAACCGCUCUACCAAUGAUGUUUAUGUUGAGAGCAGGAUUCAAACCUUCAACCUUCAGAUCAGUGGACAAACGCUCUACCGACUGAGCCACUGUCCCACAUUAUAGUGAACCAACUGACUUUCCCAUUAUAGGAUCUCUCAGAGCUCUUUUCUCUCUUUUUUGGAGCUUUUGAAUGUGUUGAAAGACCCUUAAAUGACUACGACAUUGGAACUUCCCAAGUCAGAUCUUGUAUUUCUUUCACGGGUGCGUUCAGUUUGCCGAUUUGUUAAAUGCUAUUAGUAUUUUCUGUUGCUGUGUCAGUCCGUGCUGUGACUUAUGGCUAUCGUUAAGUGAGUGGAUGCACUGGUUUUACAUGGAUGAUGAGGAAAUUCCACGACUUCUACUUCUGUUUCUGGAUAUCCUUAUAAUAAGCCCACAUCCUUUGCACUAGUUUGACUUUAUUUACAAAGAAUGGACUCAUCAUGUAGUCAGUAAUUUAGAAGCAACGUUUUUCUAUAUAAAAAUUGAACUUUUUGCUAGAUCUGGGGCUGCUGAAGUGUUCUGAAGAAGCAGCGCACACAGCAGCACUUAUUCUUGAGAGAGUUUGCAGAUGUGAGGUAGAAGUGAGAUAAACAAGAACGAAAACUGUGAAACCGGUUGUGUUUCUAUCUGAUUAUUUUUCACACACGGACAGAUGAAUGGACAGAUGAAUGGACAGAUGAAUGGGUUUGUGGAAAAAUGCGCACAAUUCACCAGUGUCAUCGUCUGCUCUUUUCCCUUUGAGCUUUUUUUCACUCACUCCAUUCAAUCGUCCUCAGUCACUUCAGCUUUUUUUUUUUUUUUUUUUCUAUUGCGCAACAAUGUGAAGCCAUGGCAACCAGUAUCCUUCUUUUUCCUUGAAGAACCUGAGGGAAACACAGCCGAGAUAUGAAAAAAAUCUCCUUUUGUUUAUUCAUAUGGACGGAUGUGUUGUUUAUGAGCACAGACUCGUCACCUCUGCAUUCUGUGUCGUGGAUUUUGUGAAAAGGCACAGUGAAAAUGUUUUGGUGCCAGUUUUACUUAUUGUAAUUUAAAACUCCUCUUGAUUGAUUUAAUAAUGUGUUGUUAAAACCAUAGCUUGCCCUUACUUUCUUGUUUGUGUGAGCAGAUGUGUUGUUACAGCUCUGAGGUAGGUUUAAGUGUUUGUAUUGUGGCAUUAGAAACAUCCUACAGUCGAACCAUUUGCACAGAUGAGGUGUAUUCAAAAAUCCCAGUUGCUACGUCACUUGUUGGUACAUUGGUUUAUUACUGUGCAGAAUGUACACAAUUUUAAUAUUUUGAUUUUUAUAUAAAUCACAUAUGCAUGGACAACACAUUAUUUAAAGCAUCAGCUGUAUUCACACGGAUCAGGCUGAACCAUACAGCCGUUACACAUUUAUACAUAAAAGCUCUGUUUUUUAUUGCAUUUUUCAAAGUAGCAAACAUCAUUAUGUUUCUCAAAUAAAAUAGUUUGUGCAACAAUAUUUUCUGUUUGCAAGUUAAAAUAAAUAUGUUUUUAGGGAAGGACAUCUUCCAGUUUGAUUUGGAGAUUGUGUGUGAGUAAACUUUACAGACAUU